GCGGCGGGGCGCUAAGAUGGCGGCGGCGGCGGCGGCGUGAGUUGCAUGUUGUGGGGCUGCCGAGCGCGCUGGGGAGAAGCGUCCGCCCCCCCCCCCCGCCAUGGCGGUGACCGUCACCCUCAAGACGCUGCAGCAGCAAACCUUCAAGAUCCGCAUGGAGCCCGAGGAGACGGUGCGGGUCCUCAAGGAGAAGAUUGAGGCCGAGAAAGGCAAGGAGGCCUUCCCCGUGUCGGGCCAGAAGCUGAUCUACGCCGGCAAGAUCCUGAGCGACGACGUCGCCAUCAAGGAGUACAAGAUCGACGAGAAGAACUUCGUGGUGGUCAUGGUGACCAAGACCAAAUCCAACUCGGGUGUCCCGGCCCCCUCACCUGGUGAUGCUGGGCCAGUCAGCGCCCCAGAGCCAACCCCAUCGGUGGGGCAGUCGCCGGCACCCACAGCUGGUGCUGAUGCUGUCCUGCCCCCAGCGCCCACGGCGCCAAGCGAGGAGAAGCCUCCAGAGGAGCCAGCUGCUGUCACGCUGCCCGAAUCCACUGCCAGCUCUGUUCCCUCUUCAGGUAGCGUGGGGCGCCCAGACGACGCGGCUUCCACCCUGGUGACCGGCUCAGAGUACGAGACGAUGCUGACCGAGAUCAUGUCCAUGGGAUACGAGCGGGAGCGGGUGGUGGCCGCGCUCCGGGCCAGCUACAACAACCCCCACCGAGCCGUGGAGUACCUGCUGACGGGCAUCCCGGGCACUUCUGAGCCGGAGAGAGCCCCGAUCCAGGAGAGCCAACCCACAGAGCAGCCAGCACCAGAAGGUGAGAACCCGCUGGAGUUCCUGAGAGACCAGCCCCAGUUCCAGAACAUGCGACAGGUGAUCCAGCAGAACCCAGCCCUGCUCCCGGCCCUGCUCCAGCAGCUAGGCCAGGAGAACCCCCAGCUACUGCAGCAAAUCAGCCAGCACCAAGAGCAGUUCAUCCAGAUGCUGAACGAGCCGCUGGGUGAGAUGGCCGACAUCUCUGACAUCGAGGGGGAGAUCGGGGCCAUCGGAGAGGAAGCUCCCCAGAUGAACUACAUCCAGGUCACGCCUCAGGAAAAAGAAGCCAUAGAAAGGUUAAAGGCCUUAGGAUUCCCGGAAAGUCUGGUCAUCCAGGCUUACUUUGCUUGUGAGAAGAACGAAAACCUGGCUGCCAAUUUCCUGCUGAGUCAGAACUUCGAUGACGAGUGAUGCAAGGAAAAAGGAAGAAAAAGUUUUAUAUAUAAAAAAAAUUCUCUCUAUAUCUAUUCCUGUCUAUUUAAGGGGUAUGUGGGAGAGACCCCAAAUCCCCCCCAACCUGCCCCCAGUCAGACAAACUUACAUCCAGAUUUGACCAGCCUGGGCUUCUGGCUCGAGGAAAUGCUCUUUUCUCCCCUCCCCAUGGAACUGGACAGCUGGGGAUCAGCAACAGAACCAGCUCCUAGUCCCAGUCCCCCUCCCCCCAGCAUCUGUGCUGUGGGUGAAUUCGGCUGCACCCCUCUCCUGCACGGUGCUGGCUCUGGGGCGGGGAGAAGGGAUUUGGGGCUGGUAAGAGGGGGGGUCUGUGGCCUCCUCUCCCAGCCCAGCCCAGAACUUGUGUGCAGAGAGAUUGCUUUGUUGUUGAGAGGUACUCGGCUUCCAUUCAUCACCUACUAGCCGAGUGUUACUCUCCUUUAAUGUCGCUUCCCCAGUCCCGGUUUCUGCCACUGUCCAGCCAACAGCCAGUGUUAGACCCUGUCUAAUCCCCUUCAAACCCCACAGAUCACAGGGGGUCCAUCCCACUCCCCAGCCUUUUGGAUUAGUGGUUGGUUUUGCCUGCAUAGAUGAGGCUAAACCAUGUUGCUAGUCUGGAUUCACGCUGAACAGAGCAUGGAUCCCUGUUCCUAGACUAGGCCGUGUUUAAACCCACCGCCCUCCGCUAGCAGUUAUCUCCAGCUCCCUUUUAAACUCUUGGCUUGAUGAUCAGGGAGCUUUGAGAACUGGCUUCCUGUGAACCUGACCUCUUUCUAAGACUCCAGCUGCUCUGCGAGGUGUGGGUGCUGCCUUCGAACAGGCCAUGCUGAGCCAGGCCAGGGCUGUUGUGAAAACACAGUGCUGAAGCCAUGCUGCAAGCGAGAGCAGGGUUUGAUGCUCUGAGCCAGAGCCCGUGCGGUGUUUAGCCCUCCGACCUCGGUGCCUGGGCUGUGCCGAGGGGGAUGGAAAGCCAUUAAAACCCUGCCAACCCUUGAAGAAUCUUUUUUAAAUUACCCGUUUGAAAAGUGCUGCGGAUCAGUCACUUCCUCAGCUUGUUUUAAACCCUGUUUCCAAUUCUGUUGUAGUUUUAAGGGAACCAAAAAAUAGGGUGUCUCUUUAACCUUGAUUUUCUCCUCAUUGUGGGAUUUAAAAAAUACAGAUUUAUUAGAUCAAAGUUUAUUUAUUUGAAACAGGGCAACUUUUACCCCGGUAAUUUAAAAAUCUGCUUCCACUCCCCUUGAAAAGCAGACGUACUCUGACCCACCUCCAAAAAGAUCAGAUUAAAAUCCACCAUCAUCCCACCUCCUCCCUGCUAUUUUAAUGCCAACGAGAUGGUGUUUAAAUAAACGCCUGAAAUGCCCAAUUUGCACUUGGAUCUAAACAUCCCCGCAGCUCUGGUGUAUUCUGGCUUGGCUGACUUUUCUAGAUCAUCACACCCGUUUCCUUCUCUGGUUCAUGCCCCCAAAACCGUGAUACCCCCUUGAAGUAACUCCUGAUUUUUCGGAACCAUUCUGUUACAUACGAAUCCUGCCUUGGGCUCGCUUUCCCCAGCGUGCAGUUGCAAAGAGAACAGAGUAUUUGCCUCUAAAGUAAGUCCUGAAGCCAUAAAUAACUUGAUAUUGAAUAAAUUCCAUUAUAUUGCAGGGUAGCUGUGACUGAUGCUCUGCUGAACUAAGCCUGUUUGACUUUAAGGGGGUGGGAACAUGGGUUCCAAAGUGAAUGGGGACAAGAGUUUGAUAGGCCCAAAUUCUUAGCUAAGCCUCAAGUGAAUAGUAUCUAUUGGUUCGAUCCAGGCCUUGCCUUGUGGCCACAGUUCCAUCUUAAAGGAGCAGUGUCCUAGCAUUUGCAGUUUAUUUUGAGGUUGGUUUGUUUUCUUGGUUGUACUUAUAAAUGUUCCUAACCAGCCGUGGGGUCUGUGCCUGCUAACCAGGGGCCCGAUCGAACUCGGGGGGUGGAGAUGGCAGAGGGGAUCGAUUUGAUGGUGAAGUAGGUAAAAAGGGGAGGUGUGAGGGGUUGGGAUGGAAAGAUUACAUGCAAAUUUAAAACCAAAAGAGGGUGGUUCUUACCCACUCACCUUGGGGGGUGGGGAAAGCAGGGCUUGGGGGGGUUCUGGAAUUUGGCCUCCCCACCACGCUCCAGCCUCGUCAGUCAGACCUGCCAUUUUGCGUGGCACUGCUCCCCCCUUGCCUGGCACGGGCCCCGCGGUGGCUUUGUUGUGCCUGUUAAUUUAGCAGCAGCUUACGAGGCCCCGGCAGCGGCUGUUGGUUUCUCUCGGGAGUCGUGGGGGGCUGGCCUCGAACGCUGGGGCGGUGCUGGAGCUCUUCAGAAUAGACUCUGGCUCCAGCGCCGGGAGUUAAUCCACCUCCCGGAGAGGCGGCAGCUGGGGCCAGGACAGGGUUCGUCCACGGGUCUAGCAGGGUCAGUUCAACUCUGGCUCUCGGGGCUGUGGGGUUUUCACCCCCUGCGAGAUGUAGGUGUUUCCAUAUAAAUGUUCAGCACAGACCAGCCCUCAAGGCCCACAUGCUGCUGAUUUAACCGGAUGGGGGGUGCGGGGAGGGAGGUGUCCCUAAAUUUCCCAGCAGCCUGAGGGGAAGGUGCUUCGCCUGACUAGUCAAGCUCGGGGGUCCGGCCUCAUUUGUUUCAAUCUUGAGCUGUUCAGCUGUAGUCUGAACUGAGUGGGGUGAUGGGAAAGCCAGGCAGCGGCUGGGGAAUGAAGCAGGCCUGGCCCCGGGUGUAGGUUUCCCCCACAGCUUCCAGUCCCCCCAGGCAGCUGGCCGGCCUCUCUCCCGGUCGAGGCUGAAACCGCUGUUUUACACCCACUGUUUUUUGGGGUGCUAUGAAUGGAAUGUGAAAUAAACGAGCUGCCCCCGCCACUCGCUGACGAGGACGGGUCGGAACCUCCUAAAA